AUGCAGUUGAUCUUGUCGCCAGCGCAACUGCUUGGCAAUCUUGCUGCGGUCAACAGCAAUCUGCUUAAAAAGUGGAGUGAUUUGUUCCAAGCAUAUGACAUUGGUGAAUCAGGCACUAUCUCCUGCAGUGACUUUGUGAAGCUGGAAAUUCGGAAUGGACUAGAGCAAGGUGACUUGAAGAGAAUCGUGAGGGCCUAUCCCAGCAUGCUGCGGGGGGAUCCAUCUUCCAAAGGGCGUAUGGAUUUCAUGCAAUUCUGCAAGACGCGCCUCAGUUCUUUUGAUGAAGCUUCCAAAGGCGGUUUACCUUCGGUCCAGAGGCUCCUCGAUGUGGCGGAGCGUGACCUGGCCAGCACCAUGGCCGAGCGCUUCCGCAUGGGGCCGCAUGGAGCCUGGGAGGUCCGGACGAAGCUGAAGGAGGUCUUCCACAGCUGGAGAUCUUCGACAGAAGUGCUCACUCCAUGGGAGUGGCUGGCAGCAAGCAAGAUCGUGGCCACGGAGUGUGAUGCAUCGGAUGCCUUUCUCAGUGAGAAAUGGACCGGCAAAGCGGCCUUUCUCAUGGCAGAUGCCAACAAAGAUGGGGUUCUCCAACUUGAGGAGUUCGUAUCUUUCAGCAUCUCUGUUUUGCAAGAUGUUUUUGGGAACAGGACGCAAGAUGCAUUGCAGGUGCUUAGAAAAGUCUGUUUGCACCAGGAACAAUUUCGAGGCUUUAGCGUUCAAGUUCCUCUCUUCUUGCCACAUCCACCGUACCAUUUUCAACUGCCCAAUUCUUCCCGCCAUAGCGUGGACUGCGCCUUUUAUCAUGCAGGCGAUUUGUCCUUACCCAGCUCGAUCUCGCAAGUCGCAGAUCUCUUUGCGCUCCUGAGGCUGAAACUGAAGUUAGUUGGCAAGUCCUUCUCAGCCUUUUGGAAAAGUGAAAAGCCGGAGGCCUCUCUUGAGUUGCUCUCGUCAGACAACUGCAGCCAGAUCCUCCGUCACCUGUUCGAUCGCAUGGCCAAGGAGACGGAACCCACGGCUUCGGGUGCUGCCAUUUACGUCAAGAAUGUCAGGGCCAAGCCAGUACACUUGCGGCAUGUACCACAUCAAGAGCUGCAAGUCAACAGUCUUCCGCAAGCUGGCAUGCGCUGGUGUUUGGACUGGGAAUCCCAUCUAGUGGGAUCCAAUGGUCGAUUGCCCUCUAGACUCCCAAUCAAUUUUACCAUUGGCAUUGGUGACAUGAUCGUCGUUCAACUCCCCAAUGAAGAAUCAGGUAUUGCCUGCACGGUCUUCAUGAGCGAGGACACUGCUUUGAGCAAGCCUGUGUUGGAGAACGUGCAAGUGGUGAAAAGCAAACGUGGAAAGAAAGUGGUUCAGAUGAUCGCUGCCGAGCGAGAGGCGAGAGGUGCCGGUGAGGACUUGAUCAAGCCUCCCAAAGAGAAGAAGCCAGCAAAGUCUCGCCCACAAAGCGCCGUUGUACGCGGACGUGUCUCGUUUGACCGUCGAAUUGUGAUAGUUGGGCAGAGAGAGGGUUCCGGCACCUUUUUUGUGGAAAUGAGCUGGGAACACCAAGAAGAAGUUCUCAGCCACAUCCAUCACCUGCCGGCGGUGGAGGCAUCUGUUGGCCGUUUAGGGCCUCUUCGAGUGAUUGUCGAGAAGGCUUCACCCAAAGUGCCAGACUUGCAAAAAGCCAAAGGAUCAAUGUGGUGGACAGGCACCAAGUGGUCGCCGAAGCCCCCCAAAGGAAAGCGGCCUCGAAGCGCCAAAUAG